GAUCUCCAUUUAUCGCUCUCAAGAUCUUUAUAGUAUCAAUACAUACCGUUCGUGGUCGGUGGAAUCAGUCACUUUGCUCUCUGGCGUGGAAGGCUCAAAGAAGCUCACCGCUCAAUCGUGAAACACGGAAUCGGACCAGCAGGCAUAGAACACGUUGAAGGGAUGUCAUAUCCAAAGGUAGUAUCAUCAAGCUCGCUAUCGACCUUGUCUCUCGAUAUCAUACAUGAGAUACUUUGCCACCUAACACCUGAUGACCUACUUCGCGUCUCCUGGGUCUCUAAAUCCUUUCACCAGCUACUCACGUCUCGUCAAACUGCCUGGAUCUGGAGAAGGACAUGGGCCAACGUUGGUGACCGUUCUGAUAUAGCUCCCCCGCUCCCUGAAGACAUAUCUGAGCUAGCCUGGACGGUUCUAGUCUUCGGUGGUCCGGGAUGUCAAAUGUGUGACUCAGAGGAUUAUCAGGAAAUUGACUGGGCUCUUCGGAUCCGGGCCUGUCCGCCGUGCACUACCAAAAGUGUUACGUUCUCGGUGCCCAAGUCCACCAUCGGAGUUAUGAGAUUUAUGCCACUCCUUCAAGUCCUUCCGAGAUCGAUGUUUCGUCCUAGGCAUCACCGAUCAAUGUUAUGGCCAAAGGAGGUUUCGCCCUAUUUCCUGAAAAGGGAUGCGGUCAGACUCGCGGAAGAAGUAGAUGCGGUGGCUGCUGGCCUGGAAUCAGAGGAGUUGACAGCCAAACUCGAAGAGCUCAGGAAAGCAAAAGCUCUAGCAUAUGACAAGGUGUUGAAGCAUGCCAAGGCUUGCGUCUACUGGACCGAGCGCGUGGAAAGGGAACAAGAUAGAGUGGAUAAAAUGCGGGAGGCGGAGAAGGCGGAGAGACGACAAGAGAUCACGCAACGCCUUCUUUCUUUGGGAUAUACUCACCGUCAGAUUGCUUCGAGUAAAAUUUGGGCCCGGCAGGAGUUCACGAGCAAAGCUCCCUGGCCCGACAAUUUAUGGACGACUAUCGAGCCCGAACUUGUAACAACACUUGAGGCUGAAGAAGCGGAUCGUAUCGAGCGGAAGCGUCAAGCAGCCUUGCGUCACCGGGAAGAAGUCCUGGAGAGUCAAUAUCGAAGUCUCCUGCUCCACAAGCCGCCUCGCUCCCUUGCCCUCUAUCCUCAACCUCACGAGCUGCGAGAGAUAUCAUUUCGUAUCGCUUCAAUUUGCGAUAUUCCCACCCUUCCUGAAGAAGAAGAAGACUUCUCUGCUGAAGUUAGGAACGUGAUCCUCCAGAUGUUUCCGGCGAGCAUCAAGCACUGGGCCGGUGAGCGCAAGAGCAAAAUCAUGUCGACACUUGUACCUCCGUCUUCUGCUGGCCCGCUUGCCAUCGCUUGUGGGACGUUCGAUGUCCCCUUCGAACUCACCCUCGCGAAAAAUGUGUACACAGCUGAGGCGAAUCCAGAGACCCCUCUGUUUGGCGCUGAAAUUUUUGCCUACCGCCAUAAUGGGCAUGAGCUAGACGAACCAUCUUCAAGCUCUUCCUUGUCGGCGCUGAACAUUCCAAGGUUGAACAAGGCCGCUCAGCGUGCUGUUCUUGCGUUGUUAGAAUUGUGCGGAUUGGAUGGAGCGACGACGACCACGCAGCAAUUGGAUCAUCUACAUGACCGGUUCGUGUGUGAGGCCUGUGAUGUACAAGAUGCGAAGCUGCAGACAGAGGAAUUGAGAGGGUCGAUUGGCUUCCUGGACUUUGAUUUUACGGGGCGGCGCGCAAGGCACUGGAGGGACGCUUUGGACCAUCAGCUGCGGAUACUCCCUGGACACGACUUUCCUCGAUUCACGCGGAUUACAGAUGAGAGGGACCAAGGGCCAAGCAUUGUUGAAUUGUUGGCCGGCGUCCAUUACUGUGAACAUCUAUGGGGGUGCGGACAUUGCACCGUGCAUAUUUCACAGGGAGAAGGCGGUUUUGGGUCGUGGAUGGAACGAGCCCAAGUUAUUCGGCAUCUGAGAGAUAGCCAUGGUUUGGGCACACGCGAGCCUGUGGACGGAUUGGACAUUUAUUAUAACCCCUCGUUCCCGAAGUCAGAGAUGAUUCGGGGACUCUGAUGAGGCCGAGAAUGCGGGCUCUUGGACUCUUAGAAGAAAUGUAUUGGCGACAAUGCGAAGUAACAUGCUGCUUGCCACGGCCUCAUUGUCUGCAGAUCUCUAUCGUACUCUCUUCUUCUGGAUACAUAGCUUCAUAAUAUAUGUGACAUGCGC